UAGAGGUGUACUAGGUGAUAUCAGAGUGAUAUAACAAGAAGAGACAACAGUGGUUCAUCCAUUCGCAACAUUCAACCGUGGAAGAUGAGCUCUCUAACUUACCUUAGCUAAAGGGACAAUGGAGAAACAAAGAAUUAUAUUUUGGCUUAUUGCUUGGUGCGCUCAUUUAAGCAGUUUUCACGUAAGAGUUACCCAUGGUCUAGUUUAUGAAGUCACAUUCAUACCUAGUAAUGAAGAGUCAACGCCAUCUGCCGCUGUAUCGACAACGAAUGCCACUAUUGAAACAAACACAAAUGGCGAUGGUCAAUUAGCCCCCGUGUUGGUUGCAGCUAUAGUUGGUGGAUGUAUGGUAUUGCUUAUGAUCCUUGCUGUACUGGCCGUCUGUAUCUUCUACAGAGUCAGAGAAUGUAAGGACGAAAGAGACCUUGACGAUGACGAGUCUAACCCUAAUCUACUUGAUGUUCAACGCACAGGUUCAAUUUCAAGAUCAGGAAAAGAAAGUCUUAAUUCACCCAGUUUUGUGACAGAGUCAACGUUAAUCAAUGAUAGAGCCUCGCAUAUGUAUGAUGUACCUGAUGUAAGUCUUGAUUUAGAUAAGAACGAAUUGGGAAAUGGACCUAUUGUUACAGUAAGUGAGUAUGUUGAUACAGUUUGUCCGAAUGUAGAUGAAGCUGUAAAGCUGGAUGAUCAAAAGGACAAUCUGAGUAGUUUUUCAUUGGGAGGAAUUAGUUUAACAUCAGACGAACUUGACAUUGAUCUUUAUUCAUCAAAUGGUACGGUUGAGCUCACCGGGCUACCACGUUCGAAGGUUUACACAGGGGUGGAUAAUGUUGGUUUCGUUGACGACGAUGUACACUAUGCUGUAGCGGACACAAAGCGAAACUUGGGAGAUUCUGACAACGAAAUUCUAAAUGGUGGAGUUUCCAAAUCGGUUGAAAAUGGUCGCGUCACUGAUAGCGAAGUGCAAUAUGUUACAGCGGACACUAAGCAAUAUGUGGAAGACCCAACUAAUGAGAUGUCAAACGACAGUAUGGUUAAAGGGGUUGCCAAUAGUGCUGUUAACAAUCACGAAAUCCUAUAUGCGGUAGCAGACAUGAAACACCUCGUGGAAGAUCCCAGUCAUGAAAUUUCAAAUGAGGGAGUGCCCAUAGGGGUUCAUAAUAGUCGCGUCACUGCAGGCGAAAUCCAUUAUGAUACAGCGGACACUAAGCUGUAUGAGGAGAGCCCCGCUUAUGGAUUGUCAAACGAUAGAAUGAUUAUAGGGGCUGAUGAUAAUGUUGUCAAAGAUCAUGAAAUCCCUUAUGCAGUAGCAGACACGAAGGAACGCGUGGAUGACCCGAGCGAUGGAAUGUCAAAUGAUAGAAUGUCCAUCUCGACCCAAGAGUGUUUGGACGAUUUCGACAGAAUACUCAGCAACCAUUCAGAAUAUGAUACAAAUGACAUGCUGGGCAUAGAUUUAAGUAAUAAAAUAAGUAAACAAGUAGUUGAGAACAUUUAUAUUCCCAUGCCUGUCAACUUAGAUCAAAUAAAAGACAGUAUACCUGAGAAGCAUGGAAACAAGUCUAACUAUGGUGAUAAUGCCAUUCAUGCAUCACAACACGACAAAAGCCAUUUAUUUGAUCAAACCGACAGCACAAAAUCUACGGCAUUACAAGCCACUUCAGAACAAAUGAAGACUAAUGACCACAACAAGCCUAAUGAAGUUAAUAAUGAUACAGAUGCAAAUACUGAUUACGAAUCAAUUCCAAAACCUUUACCAAGACGAAAACACAGUUUUAAAAUGAAUGUUCAAGUACCAGAUAAUAUCCCCAACAAUGACAAUGCAACCACAGGUGACACGGAAACAAACUUGAAUGUGAAAUCAGAUAUAGUUUGAUUCGAUUUAUUUUCUGUUAUGUUGUGUGUCAAGAUGUUAAUAAAGAGUACAAUUUUAUUUUGUUAA